AUGGAACUUCUCUUGGCCAUUUUUCUUGCUGUUUUGACUGGUAUUGUGGCAAUUGCUUUCUAUUAUGAACACCCCAAAGCAGAAAUUCCUCAUGGAAUCAGUGAGCGCCGAAAGCUUUAUGUUCUUCAUUACUUAAUGAACUUUGGGCUUGGUCUGGCAACAUUUUUGGACAAAGUAGGUGUAAUCUCAGAGGUCCAUCUCCUCAGGGUUAUAAUGGAGACAAUACCACCAUUAAAGGAUAGUCGUCUUCUUAUCAAGGACUUAAGGUUUGAAAGGGUUAAAGUGAGAAUUUACCAGCUAAAAACAUCAAACAAAAACCUAAGAAGGGGAAUUCUUUAUUUUCAUGGAGGAGUUGGCCGGUUUGGAAGUAUCCGGGCCUACGAAAGAAAGUGCCGCUAUUUCUGCAGGAAGACCAAUUCCGUGGUGGUGUCUGUUGGGUAUCGUUUGGCUCCUGAGCACCCAUUUCCAGCCCAGUUUGAGGACUGUCUCACUGCUGCCAUCCACUUUCUGAGGACUGCACAAGACCAUGGAGUUGACCCUUCCCGUGUUGUCAUCUGUGGGGACAGCAGUGGAGGGACACUCACUGCUGCUGUUGCCCAAGCACUGGUGAACAGAAGAGACCUCCCAAAGCUGAGAGCACAAAUCCUAAUAUAUCCUUUUCUGCAGUGUGUGGACUUAAAUUUGCCUUCUUAUCAGCAGAACAAAGGAGUCCCCAUUCUGCUAAAGGAACGAACCCUUGUUCUUGGAUUGAAGUACGUUAAUGUGGACUUGGGCAUCAUUGAAGAAGUAUUUAAAGGCUGCCAUGUUUCAGAAGAUAGGAGACUGAAAUAUCAGAAGUGGGUGAGUCCUGACUACAUCCCUCAUGAGUUUAAAACAAGAGGUUACAAACCAAGUCCAACAUAUCUACCCUCAAAAGAAGUCUGUGAAGUCUCUGAGCCCAUGUUUGACCCUGUUUUUUCACCACUGUUGGCUGAAGACAGUGUGAUUGCUCAGCUUCCCGAGACUUUCAUUUUAACCUGUGAAUUUGAUGUGCUCAGAGAUGAUGGACUGCUGUACAAGAAAAGAUUAGAGGACCAUGGAAUAAAAGUGACCUGGUGCCAUCUGCAGGAGGGGUUCCAUGGAACAGUGUUCUUAGCACUUUUUGGUAAGGUGGUAGGAUUCCGCUCUGGAGCUAAAGGCCUGCAAAAGAUUGUAAGUUUUCUAAGACUGUUGUAAAAUUCCAUUUCUUGUUUUCUUUUUUUCUUUUCCUGAUUCCUUUCUCUUUUUGCUUACAAACUUAUUUUUUUAAAAUCCUCCAUUUUCCUUUCCUUAAAUCAUCACCUUAAAUUUCUGCAUUGCAUCUGUGUUCUUUCUACCCACUAAUUUGAUUGCAUGAUGGCCUUUGCUUAAUUUUCUCUCAGGAGAGGCAAAAUCAGGUGAAUUUACAUUUCUUUCCUCUGCCAGCUCUUCAGUUCUCUCUUGUAGCCAUUAAAGAUCUCAUCCUUAUAGCAUGGGGUUUGCAAUGUGGUCUGGUUCAGUGAAGUUCUGGUACUAUCAGAACACAAAACCACAUUUGAAAACAAGCUGGGGCAGGUAAUAGGGUGUGGAUCUACAGGAUCAGUAUAUAAAGAGUAUGGUUGAAGACUUAAGAAAGCCUGUAUCUGGUGAGAGCUCAAUUUGAGACAAGCUUAAAAAGAACUGAAUGUAGCAGGAUAAAUGUAAACAUAGACAGAAAUGAAAGAAGGGGAAGAGAAGGAGAGGAAGAGAGGGAAACGGCUGGACUGGAACUACAGAUGUUAUAACAAGUAUUGGUUAAAGAAAACAACAUCUAUAAAAAAAAAUGCAUAUACAUUUUAUAUAUAGAUAAUAGAUACAUGGGAAUGUAAAGUAUUAUCAGUUCCUUUACAAAGUGUAGACCAGCACUGCCUGA